UCUGUCAGUUAGUAGCUCUAAUCCCGCAAAGCUUUUGAAUGCGCCAUGUUGGUGCCCCGAGUAUAAGAAGUGCCCAUGGUAUCUCCCAGUUGAAGGGCAUCAAGCUUGAAGCUGACACUCACUUUCAUACACUCUUUCGCAUCCAUCAUCUUUCGAUUCGUUCGUCUGCCUUUCGUUCUUUGACAUUCUAUCUUUUGAACAUCUUCUCGAUCUUUUCAAACCAACCAACUUCCACAUACCAACCAUCACCAUGUUUGCCAAGUCCGCUGUCAUCCUGGCUAUUGCCAACCUCGCUGCCUCGCACGCUACUUUCCAGAGCUUCGUUGUCAACGGAAAGAACAUGGGCCAGAACUUUGCUGUUCAGAAGCCAUCCAACGGCAACAACCCCAUCCUCGAUGUCACCUCCACUGCCAUGAUUUGCAAUGGUGGCAAGGCCACCGCUGACCAGGUCGAGGUCGCUGCUGGCUCCACUAUUGGCAUGCAGUGGCACCACAACGAGGGCCCCAACCCCAAUGACAAGGAGGAGCCCAUUGCCCCCUCUCACAAGGGUCCCGUCAUGGUCUACAUGGCUGAGGCUUCCACCAACGGUAUCGGCAACGUCUGGACCAAGGUCUGGGAGGAUGGUUACAAGGACGGCAAGUUCGGUGUUGACAGGUUCUACGACAACAAGGGUUUGAUCGAGAUCAAGCUUCCCAACGUGAAGGCUGGCAAGUACUUGAUCCGCCCUGAGAUCAUUGGUCUCCAUGAGGCUAGCGCCGUCGGCAAGGCCCAGUUCUACAACGGAUGCGGUCAGAUCACCGUCACUGGCAGCGGAUCUGCUUCCCUCCCUGCCUCUGGUGUCGACAUGACCAAGGCUUACAAGGCCACCGACCCCGGUGUCAAGUUCGAUAUCUACAACGCCUUCUCCUCGUACACUGUCCCUGGUCCCAAGGUCUGGGACGGUGCCUCUUCCGGCAGCGCUCCUUCCACCACUCCUUCCAACGGCUCCGCUCCUUCUACCCCCAAGCCAUCUCCUGUCGAGGCCGCUCAGCCCGCUACCCCCUCCAAGCCCGCUGAGAACACCACCCCUUCCACCCCUUCAACUGGCAACAACGGCUCUGCCCUCCCCAAGACCUUCACCAUCAACGAGUUCAUCCAGUGGCUCCAGACCACCGCUGGCUCCGCCUCCUCCAAGGCUCGCCGCCACGCCCGUGCUUUCAACUAAGCGGUUGUCUUUUGCACAUGUUGUACAGCAUUGCAACAAAAAAAUGGUGUUUGGAACGUCCAUUUGUUGGUUC